AAGCCCUGGCCCGGGUAGAGGCCAGCUGCAUCAUUGUGGGGCCAGUGACCACCAAUAAAUUUGCCUCUGCAGAACACAGAGACCGAACUGGGACAUAUGGGGCAAGGCGGUCUCAUAGGUAUGAGGACUCCAGGCCGCGAAGCGCCUUAAAGGUCAACACCAACACCUUAAAAACAAUCUGGAAUUCCACUGGGAGCUAAUGCAAGCAGCGCAGUACAGGGGGUGAUGUGGUCCCAAUCCGAGCCACCCGUGAGAAGGCAAGCCGCCGCAUGUUGGACCAUCUUCAAUUUCCGGAUCAGCCGCAAGGGAAGGCCUGCAUAGAAAUUUGACAUUCACUGAAAGUUUUAUGAUCAGAAUAUAAUGAGUACGUGUUGCAGAUAAAGAAAUUCAGACAGUAUUAAAAGUAAGUGAAUAAAACAUGCUGGACUACCCUGAGGAUAAUACAGAUGAUGAACAAGAAGAACUACCUUUUGAUGAUGAUAUACAAAAUAUAUUUCAACACAACUGCGAAUCACAAAAUGUAAAAGAUUUAACUUCUAUAGAAAGCAUUUUUACCUUGCCAUCUCCAGAAAUUAGCUGUCAUUCAGAAGAACAACCAAACUGUCAAACACAACUGCAUCAAAGAAUAAAGAUACAUCUAACAUCAACUUCAAGGCAUAAUGACAUUGAACUUGCUAUGGCAACAGAGAAGGAAUUAUCAGCUGGGGAUUUUAACAAUUCAAGAAAAAAUCCAUGUUUUUCCGGAUCAAACAUUUCAGAUGUUCUUUCACGUCAUUUUCCCAAAGAAGAAUUAUCAGCUUCUUGCCAAUUAAUUGACUGUGAAACUAUUCCAGAAAUAUCAUUUACUGAAAGUUUUGAUGAAACCAUCCUAAAUAAAAUUAAAAUAUCCGAAAGCAUAAAGAUCUCUUCUCCAAAUGAAAAAAGUCAUAUUGAAGAAAUAGAAAGAGCAGAAAGGUGUGAAUCAAUUGAUAAAAAUUGGGAUUUGAUGGAAGAAAAGCAACUUGUUAUAGAUGACAAAAGAAAUUUCAGUUGUGAGAUAAAAGACUGCAAAGAAAAUAAUCCCCAAUUUGUAAAUCGAAAGGAAGAAACAAUGAGUGAAAAGUUAAGUUAUUUUUCAAAUCCAGAAGAAGAAUACCAAGAGCAAAAAUGUUUUCUAGAAACAUCUGGUUCCUCUCAUAAAUUCAGAUAUGGUCAACGUCAGGUUAAUUAUCAGCUUCCUGAUUUCUCUAAGGUUGCUCCAAAGGUCAAAAUACCCAAAGGAAAUAAUAAAUCUACACCUAUAAUAAAGAGAACCAAAUCUUCCCCAGACUUGCUUAGUAAAUCAACAAUUGUGAAAGACAUUCUAGAAGAAAUGAAUUAUUUGGAUUGUGUUGCAAUGAAGAAGCAAGAGGAGAAUGUUAAAAUGCCUGAACUUGAUCUACAGCUAGAGUUGCUGACAAAACAAGCUGAGGCUCAGAACUGUAUUGAUCAUCAACGGUUUAAUACUAAGAUGCUUCCUAGCCCAAAUACUUGUAGUCCAAACCUUGGAAUUAAAGCAAGAGGCGCUGAAAUAACUUCUGAAAUUUCUACAGUUCCAUCUGUUACAGUUCCUAGGAAGUCUAUGCUCGACUUCUCUCAAACUUCUAUUUCAGAGCUGCCAUCUAGAAGAAUGGUCUCACCAUUACCAUCAGCUUGUGCAUCAAUUGCGAGUUCUCCUUUAUUACAAAAAGCAACUGAAGGAGAAAAAUUAUCUCUUUUGUUAAAGGAACAGACAGAGGAGCUGAAAACAAAAGUGGAAAUGUUUUCCAAAUAUGUGGCACAAGAUGUGCUUUUUGAAGAACACCAUCAGAUUUUAAAGCUGUUAAAAGAGCAUCUCACCCAACUGGAAUGGAAUUAUUUAGAUGCAAAAGAGAAACAUUGUGCCUUACACCUCCAAAAUUUCAGACACUCAUCAACAAACUUUGGAGAGUUUGAUCUUGACAGAAGCGUAGAGGGAGAAAUAUUUAAACUUGGAAUGCUGCUAGAAGAUAUCAAAGAGAAAAUUGAUGAGAUGGGAAGCCCAAAUUACUCAACUUCUGCAACCUCUCCCUCACUCACACCAUCUGUGUGUUCCUAUUAUUCUAGUGGACCCGAGAGUCCAGUGAUUUCAGGCAUUAGUGAGUCGCUAUCAAAAACUGCUCCUGGAGAGAAUAUUUGUAAGAAUGAAAAGUAUGGGGAAAAUAGGAACCAAGCUGUGGAAGUGAUUCCCCAAAGAAAACACCAACAACCUACUCAAAGUGGCAGAUGUCAUCCUGUUCCUCAAGACCAGUUAGAACUACCAAAGAGAACUGCCUACGAACAGCAAAUUGUGGAGCCUCUUGAAAAAUCAAGACUACCAGCAAACGAGCAAUCUACCUAUUGUUACUACUUUUCAUCUGGUGAAGGCACUGGGAGAUUACAAUCUCACAGGCAAUUUCCAACAAGUCAGAAUGAUAACAGUGAUCAAGAAAACACAGAUGGCUCUUGGGAAAUGAAAUCUCCACCUCCGGCCAAUCCCUACAGUACAAGCAAUCAGGGAUCUAAUACAACUGAUCUACCAGUGUUGAAAAAACAAGGAAGCUUAGGUUAUCCUUCAGACCACCUUUUUUUUGAGGGGCUGGAAAAUUCUGCAAAGGAACAUAAUAUAAUUAUACGUCCUAGGCUAAAAACACAGUUAUCAAAUAAACCCAAUAAACAAAUUUAUUCCUCUUCUUCCAAUAGAAACAAAAUGACAGAGUGCACAAAAACGAAGGCAUACAAAGAAAAAUUCUCCAUCUUACAAGGAUCGACAUUGGAUCUAGAUGGAUCAGCUGUGCCACAAAGGGAUAGGAAACCCCAUUCUCACACGGAAAGAAAGAGAAACAACUUUGAGAAGAGCAAUGAGUGCACUAUUGCUUGUUCACAUAAGAAAACCCUUGCCCUCCAAAGAUUUUAUUUCAACAAACAACCUGAAGAGUUUAUAUAUAAACUUUCUGAAAGACAAAACCUACAUAUUCCCAAAUCUCACUACUCAAGGAUGUACGAUACUAUUAUCCUUUCACCUCAGUACCUGGAUAGUAGGAAUGCCCAUGGAAGAUCAAUGAGUGAGCGGAGAAACAAGCGUAUUGAAGACACAAAAUCAAAGAUCUUAAACUCAACUUUGGAUCAUGUUAUACAAACAGCAAACAACUUGAGGAGAACCACAGAACACAUGGUGCAAGUAGUUUCAGAAGAUUUAGCCAGGGCUAAAACUCAGACACCUCCCAAUGUUACAGCUAACCAGUACUACAUCUGAACAAGUGUUGUGAGAAAUUGACUGUGUCUGAAACUAAUCAGCUUCACAAGCAAGAACUAAAUGCAUCAUUUUUCUUUUUGUCUCCUUCACAAUACACACACACAAACACCAUGUAGUCUUAUUGCUUAUAAAGAAUUAGCAGAAAAUAAUUGAUAACUCCAUGUUAAGAAGAAAUGUGAGUUAAUGAAUUUUGCAAAAUUAUACCCAUGAAUGGUUCGAUAUAGAUCUCGAGGCAAGAAAGUUUUCCCAGUUCGGAUGUGGCAGAAUUCUCUUUUCCUAAGUUAUCUAGAUUCUGUGUUGACCACAAGUUUUGGUAUACUUUUGUCCAAAGAUGAAUACUGUUUUACUAUAGAAUAAAAUGUGUAAAAAGAUA